GUCAAAAGCACACUGCACCACCAACCUUUCCUGGCUUCAUCUCCUCCUUUCCUCCCCAAAAGACACAAGAGGGGGAAGAGAGAGAGAGGAGAGGCAGAGAGAAGAGGGGGAGGCAGUCCAGUGUCCACGCAGGUACGCUCCACAGAAGAGAGAUGGCGAUGCGGAUGGCGGCGGCGGCAGUGGCGCUGGUGGCGGUGAUGGGCGUGCUGGCGCCCCGAGCGGCGGCGCAGACGCCGAACUGCGCGGAGAAGCUGAUCCCGUGCUCGCCGUACAUGAACACGACGGGGACGCCGCCGGAUACCUGCUGCGGCCCGCUCAAGGACGCCGUCCAGAACGACCUCAAGUGCCUCUGCGACCUCUACGCCUCGCCGGAGAUCUUCAAGGCCUUCAACAUCAGCCUCGACCAGGCCCUCGGCCUCUCCAAGCGUUGCGGCCUCAGCGACACCACCGCCGCCUGCAAGGGCCUUUCUCCUACGCAGUCUCCUCCAGGUUCGCCGCCAUCAGGCGGCAGCAGCAACGCCGCCCGUCGCGCUCUGCCGGCCAGUUUCGCGGGACUGGUGACGAGCUUGUUCCUAGCUCUGUGGUCUGUAUUAUUGGCGUAAAUUAAAAGCUCCGCAUGCUGCAACGGGCGGCAAUGCUUGUUGCUUGUCUUAUCCCACAGUAGAUGAUUUCACUUGCACAUACGAUACGAUCAACAUUUGUUUUGCUGUGCUGUGUGUCUGAUGAGAUCAGAAUUUCUCAUUGGUUCCUUCGUGGUGUUCGUGUUAGACUCUGCACAAUUAAAUGGAAGGUUUCUGGCUAGUUGCUA